ACAAGCUCAAGUUUCUUGCUCCUAGUGUUUAUUAAUAAAUGUAAACAGAUUAAAAGUUGCCUUGGAGACCUGCAGCAUAUGUUUUAGCUCCGACAGAGAGGCCAGGCUGUCCUAUUUUCUUGUUCAGUUGGCUACCAGCUCUGAACUUUGGGUCCGCUUCAUGGUUAUUGUCCUGGAACUUUGUUAUUUGAGUCUAGGGCAAGAUAUACAAUGGAGGACCAGGAGGUUGACUUUGAGGAAACUUACGGGUCUCUAUCAGAGACAGAGGGAAACUAUGAGCCCUUAUUUAUUGAUGAGGAAGACGAAGACUACUUUGAAGAUUGCUUGGAAGAGGCUGCCCUAGCUCUGCCUAUAGAGUCCUUGCCUUACUCACAACGCUGCAGAGAAGCUUUACAAGCUGAGUUUAAUGGACUUAUGCAACAGAUGUUGGCACAGUUAGAUAUUUUUGACACAACCCAUUCAAACACAUCUACACCACUGCCUUUAAUUUCAGAAACAGAGAAAAAGAACACAAAUGGAAUCACAAAAACUAUCACGUUCGGAGAGACGUGCAUUCCAGAGAAAGAGAAAACUGUGUAUUUGUUUAAAGAUGAAGCUCUGAGCUUUCCAUUUGAGGCAUGGCCCGAUUUGUGUACUACCAUGGAAAUAAAAAAUCUGCGAGCAGCAUUUGAGAGCUGUAUUGAUGAGGUGGGCCAGUUGGAGCGCAGAAGGGAUGAGUUGGUACAGGAGCUGCUAGAGCUUGAGGAGCCCAUGGCCCAGGAGCUGCAGACUGUGAGAGAAGCUUUGGGGAAGGAACAAGGCCUCCUGUCCAAAGUCAGACUACAAAAACAGAGCCUGCAAGAGGAGACUAAAAUGACAAAGAGACGCCUGUUCAUAGCUGUCCGAGACUGUACACAGAAACAAGUAGAGCUUGAAAUACAACAGAAAGAGGUGGAGCAGCUCAACCAAGCUCAGGAGGAUCUAAACGCCUUUGUUGUUAAGCUGACUGAGGAGAUCACCAAACUUCAUGCAGAUCACCAAAAUGACCUGCUGGCCCUGAAAAAGCAGCAGAGUAACAUCACUCAAGAGUCCAGCAAAAAGAAAACCCACUCUUACGUGACACAAGGACGAAGGGCCUCUUGUGACCUACAGCAAUACCUGCAAGGAGGGAUCAAAGCUCUGGAGGAGUUUUACGAGCCUCGGUUACUGUCCCUACUGAAGAGACGAGAUGCCACAGUGGAUGCCCUCAGUAUGGCUAAAGAGCAGUGCCAGGAGCUGAAGGCCCAGCUAGGGCCACUGAGAGAAAAAGAGCAACAGCUGAGACUGCACAGGACUUUUCUAGAGGAGAGGAUCAGACUAAUGGAGGAGCAGAGGAUGGAAAAUGUGGAACAAUAUCAGGAAACAGUUGACCUUCUUGAGAAGAACAGCUGUGAAAUAAAAACUGAGCUUCAGAUCCAGAUGAAGAAAACAAAAGAAUUGGAAAUGGUGAAAAACAGCAUGUCCAAAGAGCUGCUUCUCUACAGAGAGAGUGUAAAGGGCCUCUGCAAGCAAGAGAAGACUCUGGUGGUGGAACAAAUCUAAUAAUCAAAUAUUUGCGUUAUUGAUCUUAAAAGUUGCUAAAAAUGCUUUUGAUAAAUAGUUUUCAUUGAUAAAUCCAAGCUGUCCGUAUUAUCGUUUAUAAUCAACAAUAAUCACAAUAUAUUUAAUGUACAGACAUGCAUGUUGAUGUAUUCCACAAACUUCAAGGCAGAUUAAUAGAAGGUACAUUUCCCCUGGUCUAGUGCUUUUCUUUGCAUUCACACCUAAGGAACUAUAGUGAAGCUGUUUUAUGGGACAUUUUUAGUCCUACUCCGGGGUAGAGACUUUUGGGGCAUAUAGGAACUGUGGGAGGUGCUGCAGUCUGUGAUUGGACAAACCUUGCAUUGAGAAAGGAGAGGAGCUCCACAGCCACCAAUAGUAAACAACUAGCUGAUAGCCUGCUACUCAGAGGACUGCACUAAUUUUAAAAUUCCCUUAACAGAAAAAACAUAAACUAAUUUGUACAUGUGUGUAUGUGUUUAACUUCAUGGAGAGACAUGAUUUGAGUUUUCAUCGCAUCUGUACUGUGUGACUAUAAAGAAAAUAAAGUGAAUUCUGGU